UUAUCUUUCUUUAAAAAAAAAUUCUCUCAAAAGAUCUUUCCUUUUUUUCCGUCUUUGAUUCAAAAUUUCCAACACCACUACUUUAGAGUUUUAAUUUAGCAUCUUCUCAUUUGUUUUUUUUUUUUUUUGGUUGAAAAAAAGAUGAUUAGCAUGAGAAUUAUGGGUUGGAAUUAGAGAUACCCAGAUGCCGAAUUUAUAAAUUGAAUCACUUAGUUGUAUUAAGUUCGGCUGGACGCUAAAUCAUGCUCUGUGAUUUCUUUUUUUUUUUUUUUAUAAAACUUUUGAAGUUUUAAUUUUUAAAUUUCAAUUGAAUUUUGAAUUUCGGGAAUGAACCCCCCCUUUUCUUUUUAACAUAACGAUGUUUAUAUUAUACAUAUGAUUCAUGUGUAAUUUAGAGAUAUUUUGCUAUGAAGCUUGAUGAAACUCGGCAUUUAGAUUGCAAAUAACUUAUGUUGUAUUAGAUGAUAACGGGAAAUUGAGGGGAUUUGGCUGCUGAUUCCAGAUUAAGUUGUGAAUAAUGCCAGCAAAACCAGGGAAUAAAGAUCAACGGAUGGACCAUGGUGCUCAAAGUGUGUUGCAGUCAACUGCCUACUCUGAGCCCUGGUGGAAAGGAGUUGCGCCUAACCCCUUUGGUGAAGCUGCCUCAAAGUCAACUUUUAUAGAACAACUAAAGGGUUCAGUGGCAGAUGGAGCUGUGCAUUCACAGGCUCAUGGUGGCAUGGGAAAUGGGGAUAUUGAUGCAGUCAUAGUUUUGGGAUCAGAUGGGAGAAAUGGACAAGAUCGUCAACAUCUCAAGCAUGUUCCUUCCAAGGGACCCGUUUCUUUUGGUGAACACCUUGAACCAAAUUCCCAGAUGGAACUAGUUGGUCACUCAAUUGUCUUGACAUCUUAUCCCUAUUCAGAUCCACAAUAUGGUGGAAUACUGACUUCAUAUGGGCCACAAAUGAUGGUGUCACCACAUCUAUAUGGAAUGCUUCAUGCCAGAAUGCCUUUGCCUCUUCAAAUGGAAGAGGAGCCUGUUUUUGUAAAUGCAAAGCAAUAUCAUGGCAUUUUGAGACGAAGACAAAUACGUGCUAAGGCUGAGCUUGAAAAGAAAGUCAUUAAAGUUAGAAAGCCAUACCUUCAUGAGUCCCGGCAUCUACAUGCUAUGAGAAGGGCUAGGGGUUGUGGAGGUCGUUUUCUUAAUACAAAGAAGGUGGAUGAUGAUGUUACCAGUUCCACCUCAGAAAAGGGCAUUAAUUCAGAUGAAAACGUUUCAACCAAAUCAGCUCACUUAUCUCAGUCAGUGUGUGUGUCUGCUAAUGGUACUGGAAAUUUGAAUUCCUUCUAUGUUCAGCAAGAAGGAAAUGGGUCACUAGUUCAGGAUAUGCACAAAGCACAGCCUUUAGCUAAUGGUAACAGCAAUGGUCGUGGUUUGUCAUUGGCAUACCACUCAUCAUCUAAUGAUGCUGUAGAGGGUAACUACUUUGGCCAGCAGAGGGAUAUUGUGGAAGGGAAUGGGGCCCCUUCAAUUAAUUGAAAUUCCCCCUUGAGGCAAGGUCUUGGGUGGCAGAAUCCCUCCCAGAGUGUUGUUCCUCAGGCAAUUCAUUCUUGGCUUUGGUUACUCAUGGUUAAAGGGUUAUUAUGGGAGGAGAUAUGCGGUCGUUGGUCUUUUAUCUUCAUCCGCUAGUAGUUGGACAUCCCUCCCAUUGCCCUCUUUGUAAAAAGAUAAAUAGGUGUUGUAUCUAACAAGUAAUGUGCUAAAUUUUAAGCAACUUACAUUUUAACGUGUCAAAGAGAGUGAGACUUGUGUAUGACUGAGGAGGAGUU